AUGCUGUGGGAGGUGAGGCGUGAGGGCGGUGCCUACAUUCGAACCAUCUUGCGAUCCAUCGGCGAGCGCAGCCUGAAUCUGCUGCAGCAGGAAGACCUCCUCUCAACGGCUGAAUUUAACCUCAUGAAUUGCCUCCCCUACGAGGUGUGCCUCUACAUCUUCAGCUUUCUCGACCCGCGCUCCAUCUUGGCGGCUGCCAAGGUGUGCACGUCGUGGAAUGUGAUCGCAUCUGACCUCAGCCUCUGGAAACACCUCUACGAGCACUCCCUCUCGUGGUCCCUCCUCCUCUUCCUCUACGUGUUCUUCAUCUUCAUCUUCUUCUACUUCCACUUCCACUUCUUCCUCUACGUCCAUGGCGCUACCAUGGUCGCCCCUGCCCCCUCUCGCCGACCUGCCCCCGUCGUCUCCACCUUCUGCCGCCUCGCUAUCGUCGUUCGCCUCGACGCCCCUCUUCUCUUCUACUUCUACUUCUUCGCCCUCGUCUCCGCCCCGGCCGACGGGGCCACCUCCUCUGCGGCGGCGACGAAGGACGACGACGGCGAGGCCGAGGACUGCGGCGUGGGCAACACCAUCUUCGCCGACGAGAAGGAGAUCCGCUCGGGCUCCCUCGGCCGCCUCGUCGAGCGCCUCGUCGCCGAGAAGCCGCCCGAGUCCUACGUGAGCGUGUUCCUAAUGACCUACCGCACAUUCACCACGCCCGCCGUCCUCCUCACCACCCUCCUCGCUCUGUACCAGCGGGCCGACGGUUCGCCGGGCGCUGGAGGGCCGGAGGACGUGACGGCGACGUGGUUUCCGUUUCCGCCGCACAGCGGGGAGCGUUCGAUCAUCACGCUCGAGGAGGAGGCCGACAUCCGCGCGCUCAAGUUCCGGAUCUGCAACGUGCUCAAGCUGUGGAUGGACGAGUACUUUGUCGAGGACUUCAAGCAGCAGCCGCAGCAGCAGGCGUCGUCGCAGGUGGGCGACUCGCCGCUUGAGCCGCUCUUCCCGAUGCUGAUCACGUUCGUGCUGGGCAAGCUCAUCCGCGAGGGGCGCGACACGCUGGCCAACAUCCUCAAGACCUCGCUCUACAACCAGUUCCACACCAAGCAGCUGGCGGCCAAGCUCAAGCGCCUCAGCUCGUCGGACAUGAUGGACGCCCUGGGGAAGAUCUCUCUAGCCUCGCCUCGCCUUGCGCUGACGGACAUUUCCGAGGAAGAGGCGGCGCGACAGCUCACGCUCAUCGAACACGCCCUCAUCUGCAAGCUCAAGGCGCACGAGCUGCUGAACGCGCGCGGCAAGACGGACGUAAUGAACGCCGUGAACUACUGCAACCGGCUGUCGCUGUGGGUAGUGGCCACCAUCCUUCACGAGGAGACUCCGCGCGCUCGGGCCAAAAUGAAAGCCCGCUUCGUCGCUAUCGCCCUCUUUAACGGAGUGCAGCACCUGCGCAACCUGAAUAACUUCAACGGCAUGCUGACGGUGGUGGGCGCGCUCGAGUCGCCGGCGGUGUCGCGGCUGGCCGAGACGAACGCGGAGCUCAAGCGAAAACGGAACUCGGUGAUCAAGGUCGAGCGGGAGCUGCUCGCCCUGGCCCAGACCGCGCGCGAGAUCAACAAGGAGAUGCUCUCCGUGCCCAAGCUGCCUGGCAUUCCUUCCCUGUACGUCUUCACAUUCCAAUCACCCGACACGUUCGAGGGGCUCGUUAAUUUUGUGAAGCGGCAGCUCUACUGCACGGAGGUCCUCUUCCCCUUCCGCGAGUACCAGAAGGCCACCUACAACCUCGUACCCGUGCUCGAGAUCCAGUCCUUCCUGCUGCGUGGCGUGAAUGCACCGCACAACGAAUCGGACCUCUACGCCCUGUCUCUGGCGCUCGAGCCCUCCACCAGGGAGGACUGA